AUGUCUGUCCACUGUAUACUGGCUAUACUCAUCCUUGUGAUGACUCUUGAUGAUCAAGUUUACUCGGGUAAGAUCAUUGGAGGCCAUGAGGCUGUGCCACAUAGCAGGCCAUACAUGGUGCUUUUGGAGAGGUACAUGUCAGAUGGUCAAAAAAAGUACUGCGGUGGCUUCCUUCUGAAUGAGGAUUUUGUGAUGACUGCUGCCCACUGUCACGCCAAGUGUUACGAAGUCGUACUAGGAGCUCACAUUGUGAGUUCAAACAGUGAAAUACAACGCAUAUCUGUGGAACAAGCAUUUCCACAUAAAGACUUUAACGCAACUUCUUAUGUGAAUGAUGUAAUGCUUUUGAAGCUGAAAACCAAGGCAAACUUCAAUGAGAAUGUGAAACCUAUUCCUCUGGCGAGCCAUGAUAAUGAUACUUUGCCAAAAUCUUGUAUACUCUCUGGCUGGGGGCGAACAGACAAAAAUAGUAAAUAUAUGUCUCCCAAACUCAUGGAAACCAGUGUUACACUGAUUAAAAAUAAAGAAUGUGCUAAAGAAAACUUCUACUGCUCUCAGGGAGACACAGGUCCAGCUGAGGGAGACUCUGGUGGUCCAUUGGUGUGUGAAGAUGGAAAGGCAUUUGGGGUGGUGUCCACCGCAGUCACACCACACUCAGGUGGCUCAGAUAUCUAUAGAUACUCGAAGAUUCCUGACUCUAGAAACUGGAUAUUUUCAACCAUUGGAAAUGCCAUGAUAAAGGUGUAAUGCUUAUGAAAGUGGGUUGUUUAAACCACAAAAUUUGGUUUCACUGUUUGUGAUCAAAAACUGAUCAUUGCAAUGCUAAUGUGAGUAUGGUUUUGUUGGCUUUGCGGGGAUUUAGAUAGAAUAGAAUAGAGUAGAGUUUAUUUUAAUAUAAC